AUUGACUCAUGGACCUUAUAUAUCCCUACACUACCGUGCAAUGGCCCAUUCCAUCAGCAAUUCUCGCAGUUUCAAAAGAUGGAAACCACUCUCGAAGACAUCGCCUACCUCCUCACAAUCCCCACGGGAGCUUUAUCUCGAGAUGGAUCCACCAUGUACUUUGUCGUUGUUGACGAUGGAGUCCUAGUUGAGAAAUACUGGAAUGGGAAUGAAAUAGUGCGACAAUAUUUCAUCUCAGAAGACGUUGCGGAGUCGCCUUCUGCGAAAUAUCUGUUGAGUGAUGAUGUUCGCCGCAUAUUCUUCCCCUCCGCCGAAAACGUCCUGCAGUGCUACCAAUGGGACGAGGACGAAGAGGAAUGGGAUGAAGUAACUCUUCAGGCAGAUAAUACCCUUAAAAUCCACCCGAAGAGUAAGAUCAGUGGGGCUUUCAACGGAGAUGAUCAAUUGAUCUUUUUCCAAGAUCCUUCUGGUCACUUGCAGGGUCUUCGAAUUGAUCAAAGUGGGAAAUGUAGCGCGCUUCCUCCUUUGUUGGCAAAUACUCCAAAAUCUCCCCUCGUCCAUACUGCAUACGAGGCGGAUGAUGGUCCCAUACACGUGUUGUACUUUGAUGGUGAGACGAAAGUGAUUCGUGAUCUAAAGUGGGAUGGUCAUUCAAAAUGGCAGGAUACAAUCGCGAAUUCCGGAGAAUGUUUUGCCAACCACGAAAUAUCCUCCUUCGUCAAAACGUCUUCGAGUGAGCAGGAUCCAGGGUUACUGGCCAUCUCAACGAAUAACAUAGUCCUUUAUAUCGAUUCACUUUGUCAAAUGGUCGAAUUAGGUACUUUUGACCGUAAACGGUUUGCGGCCGCAACGAGUGAGGAAUGUAUUAAUGAGACGUUAACUCUGCUCAAGAGUGUUGUGGACAAGUUCGGUGGAAAGAGACAGAAAUAGUUGGUUGAGAUUCUAUUAUACACUUGAUAUAUGUGCGAUGACAGUGUGUGUGGAUAGGAGGAUGUUUAUCAUGCCUUAAUGAUAAUGACUACUUUUGCA